CCGCACCCCCGCGUCGUGUCCGUCAUCGUCGUUCCGUCGUUCCGUUCCGUCGUCGGGUCCGUCGUCUUCGCCAUGGCAUUCCAAGCUCGGCGCCAUGCCAACUCGGAGAAUGUGAACCCCAACGUGGGCGCGACCCGUCUUGGUGCUCCACAGGCCCGCCGUAAGGUGGCGACGGCCAAGCCGCAACGUGGGGUGAAUCGCGCGCCACUGGCGAGUCUGGCGGACAUCACCAACAUCCAAGAUGCCCGUGACAUGCGCAAGAAACCGCUCCGGGAGCCCCUGGCACCCCUGGCGCCACUGGCGCCGCUCGAGCGAAGCCUGGUGACGAUUCGAAACCGCGAGGCUUCACCUACACCGAUGGAGAUCAGUAAUCCCGAGCUCUUGGCAGAAGCGCAUGACAAGGUGCAGUCUGUGGCGGAGUACGCGCCGGAGAUCGCAGACCAGCUCUUUCACGACGAAGCCAUCUUUAUGCCGCGCGCGGACUAUAUGGAAUCGCAGCAAGACAUCAAUGGCAAGAUGCGCGCCAUUUUGGUGGAUUGGCUGGUGGAAGUUCACAUGAAAUAUCGACUGCGUCCAGAGACGCUGUUCCUCGCCGUGAACUUAAUCGACCGUUACAUGUCCUCGCUCCCCGUGUUGCGCCGACGCUUGCAGCUGCUUGGGGUGGUGGCCAUGUUCGUGGCCGCCAAAUUUGAGGAGAUCGAUCCGCCCAAAGCCACCGACUUUGUGUACAUCACCGACAACACCUACUCAAAGGAUGAGCUCUUCCAGAUGGAGUGCAACAUGUUGAGCACCCUGGAGUUCCAGGUGGUGGUUCCCACGGCCGCACACUUCGUGAACCAAUUCGUGAAGGCCAAUGGCUGCGAGAACCCGCGCCAUGCGGAGGUGAUCAAAUACAUCAUGGAGUUGGCUCUGUUGGAUCUCCGCAUGAUCAGACAGAAGGCCUCUCACUUGGUUGCCGCAGCAGUCCUUCUGAGCAAUGAGUUGCCCGGCUCAGGAGGGCUCAG